UGUUCCAAUGCAGUUUUGCUUUAACUCCAACCGUACGGAAAACCGCCUGCUUCUCGGCCACUGCCCCACAGUGGGUAUCUGCCAGUGUUUGCGGGACGAAAGAGGCUCGGGACAUGGCAGGCGUGCUGCUGCUGCUGCUGCUGUUGACGUGCGGCUGUGGCGGCAGCGGGCCUUCCCCGCUUUCUGUGCGUCCGCUGCGCACGGACACGCAGCGGUGGGCGCCGGGCAGCGCCGUGCGGCUCCCGUACGUGGUGCGCACCUCCGCGGACGCCAACGUCACGUGCACUCGGGACGGCCGCACAGUGAGCCGGUUCGUGGUGCGCGCAGCCCGCGCCGUGCGCACCGUCCAGCACGCGCUGCUCAUCCCGAACGCCGGCCCCGAGCACGCCGGCCGCUACGCCUGCUGGGCGAGGACGCACCGCCACGCUGGCUCGGUGGCCUGGCAGGUGCAGCCAGUGACUAGCAGCGCAUGCCUCUGGAGCAGCUCGUGCGUGGAGAAGGCGGGUGCGCCAUGUGAGGCUUGCGAUUGCGCCGCGACGGGGCAGUUUUACGGCAAGAACCGCCUGUACGGCUGCCACACCAAGCGCAGCUUCGGCAUCAGCCUCAGGCUCAAGGAGACGCCGCAGGCGACCUUCCUCGUCUUCAACACCCGGCGCCAGGCGUCGAUCUUCUACGAGCUGACCACGUACGGCGACACACAGGUCACGUGGACGGUCGAGGGCCUACUGCUUCACUCGCACACGACGCUCUACGACAGCAGAGAGAGUUACGUCACAUUUUGGGAGCGCAUUGUGUUCCGCGUUCCCAAUGACACCGACUACGACCGUUUCCUGAACGGCUUCCUGAUGGCGCACGUGCGCGGCACCAAGGAGUCGGCGUCGCUUGCCCUUCGUGUCCGAAUGACGCGCGUGCACCAGGGGAUGGUGUGCGCCAACGACAGCGACUGCGCCCCGAUCGGCGGCACGUGCAAGCUUGACACCGUGAAGCAGUUCACGGUGCCGCAAAAAUGCAGGUGCGACCAGGGCGCGGGUCCCCGGUGGACUGGUUCGUCUAUGCAGGGUCACUGCAGCAAACCGUGCUCUUCGGACCGGGACUGCAAAGAGCUCGGCAGCGCCACGUGCAGCCAAGCGAUAGCGACGCGCGCUAGGUGCGUCUGCAAGCAGGGCUUCCACCUGCACCGCAACACGUGCGUGGCCUCCGAGUGCGCCAGCUGGGACGACUGCCAGGGUCUCUACGGGCCGUCGGAAUGCGUGGGCGAGCAUUGCGAGUGUUUCGCCGGCUACGUGUACCGCGAUGGCGUGUGCGCACCCCUGGCCUGCCUGGACAACUCCGACUGCGAGGACGGAGGCCGCCGGCUACGCUGCCUGGGUGGCCGCUGCAUCUGCCACCACGAGUUCGACGUGCACCACGCGAGCCAGUGCGCCAAGAGCAGCGUGGGCCAGUGCCACGGAGGCGCCUGCCGCAUCGAGGGCGCCGAGUGCCGCCAGCGGGACCAGGUGUGCAUAUGCGAGAAGGGCUACCGCGCAGUCAACCUGCCGGCGGGCCGCGCCUGCCUCAGGGUGUCGUGCCACACGAGCGAAGACUGCCGCGACAUCGCGCUCGCAGCGUGCAAGAACGGCAUGUGCACGUGCCACGACAACGAGCCGCCCCGCAGCAAGACCUGCUCUGGCUCGUCGGCGCUCACGUCCGCCGAGCUGCUGCUUCCCUUGAAGCUCGUGGCCACUGCGGUCGGCAUGGCCGCGUUCCUCGUGGCACUCAUGUGCAUCACGUUCACGUGCAUGAAGUCCAAGGAGGACUACGUGUCGACGCUCGAGGACGACCAGCCCGUCGAGGACGAGGGCGCGCUCAUGGCCGCCAAGCGCGCCCUGGACGCGGUCCAGGAGCAGGACCGCGCGGCGGCCGCCGCCCGACCGCCGGCCGAGGAGCCGUUCGGGCGCGUCUUCCUGCGCUCCUUCUUCCCGCACCUGUCGGACGCGCUGUUCGGCCUGCCGGGCGAGGAGGGACACAUCUCCUUCGGCAACACCACCGUCUCGGAGAACACCAUCGACAUUUGACUGCGGUUACCGGACGGUGUUUAACACAACGCUUCCGGUUAAUUGUCGCGUUCAUACAUCGUUAUUUUAGUGACUUGGAAUUAUUUUAGCGACUCGAUUUAUUUGAUCAAUGUUUUCAUCUCCAUCCCAUGUGCAUGUGUUUUGUAAGGAUUUCAUUCUUACGGUGCAGAAUUGUUUAGUUCUUGCAUUCUUGUAAUACAGUGAGCUAGCCGCUGACGAAGCUCUAAGUACGCGUUUAAUCGUGUUUCACGUGUGCCCCGGAUAAAACAGCUCUGCAUUGAGCGAUUGUAUGCGAAAAA